AUGGCCGACAACGAAAAGGCACCCGCCCAAGUAACUCCUGGGGAAGGGACAAUUACUGAUGAUAAGCUCGUCACUUGGGAUGGUCCCGAUGACCCCGAAAAUCCCAAGAACUGGGCCACGCGGAGAAAGUGGCUGGCCGUUGUCUCCAUCUCGGGCUUUGUCCUGAUGAGCCCCUUGCCAACAACCAUUGUCGCGCCGGCAUUGGACACGAUCGCGGACGAGCUUCACAUCACCGUCGCGGCACUCAAACCCAUGGUUCUAUCCAUAUUCCUCCUAGGAUACGCGAUUGGGCCAAUGUUCAUAAGCCCGCUGUCCGAGAUCUGGGGCCGUACUUUGGUGCUCCAGACCUUUAAUCUCGUCUUUCUGGUUUUCAACACGGCAUGCGGUUUUGCUCAGACUACUGAGCAGAUCCUCGCUUUUCGAUUCUUUGCUGGCCUCUUUGGAAGCUGCACUGUAGGGAUCGGUGCCGGUACCCUUGGUGAUCUAUUCAGCGCUAGCGAGCGCGGAAAGGCCAUGGCCAUAUAUAGCGUGUUCCCUCUUCUCGGCCAGGUUCUAGGUCCCAUCGCUGGAGGCUUCUUGUCUGCCCACAUCUCCUGGCGGUGGGCAUUCUAUGUGACAUCCAUAAUCGACGGAUGUGUGCAAAUCUUUGGCCUGCUUUUCCUCGAUGAGUCCUACGCACCAGUCCUGCUGCGUAAGAAGCGAGAUCGACUUACCAAGGCAGGCGCCAUCGGGCUUUAUACGGAACACGACUUUGUCGACGAUUCCGCUCUCAGCAUGAUGCGCACGACUAUGAUCCGACCCAUCAAGCUUUUAACGACACAGCCUAUAGUGCAGGUCAUGGCACUGUAUCAAGGCUACAUCUACGGCAACAUCUAUAUCCUCUACGCGUCCAUUGCGGUUCUUUGGACAGCUCGAUAUGACGAGAGGCUGGACAUAGCAUCGCUGCACUAUCUGGCACUCGGAUUGGGAACAGCCUUUGCCGCAGAGGUAGCCACGCACAUCAACGACCGCAUCUUCCGCAUCUUGACCAAACGAAACAAUGGCAAAGGUUUGCCCGAGUUUCGCAUUCCAAUCAUGAUACCCGCCACCGUGAUCCUGGCCAUCGGACUAUUCUGGUAUGGCUGGAGCGCCGAGGCUCGCCUCUUCUGGCUUAUGCCAGACAUUGGGGUUGCAUUGUUUGCUGCCGCGGCAUACAUUUGCACCGUCUCCAAUAACAUCUACGUCGUGGACACAUACGGAAGGUACUCAGCCAGCGGUCUUGCUGCGACGUCCAUGUUCAGAUGCUUGGCAGGAUUCGUGUUUCCCUUGUUCUCACCCUAUGCUUAUGAACGCCUGGGGUAUGGAUGGGCCAGCAGCAUACUGGGCAUCAUCGCCUUGUGUAUUGGACUGACUGGUGUCAUUUUCCUCUGGAAGUACGGCCACUCAUUGAGAGCAAAAAGUCCAUACUGCGCUAGCCGCGAUGUAGACGACUGUUGA